CUCUGGACAGCCAAACAGGAUAGAGAAUCCCAACCACACCAGGCAAGGAGCGGCUCCUCCUGCUAGUAGACUGCUACAGCGGAACUGAUCAACACCCACGUCUUGUGAGCAGGCCUUCAGCUGAUUAUCGACUAUGUGGCUGUAUGUGCUGCUCUUGUGCUGCUUCCUCUGGGUUGCCGUUUGGUACUUCCGUGACCAGCAGAUGUUGCGUUCCUUCAAGGAUAAAUAUGUCUUCAUUACGGGCUGCGACACGGGCUUUGGGAAUUUGCUGGCCAAGCGUCUUGACAAGAAGGGUUUUCGCGUGUUGGCAGGCUGCCUAACCCUGAAAGGGGCCGAUAGCCUGCAGCGGGCUGCUUCACCGAACCUUCGCACCACCUUGAUGGACGUCACCGACUCUGAGAGCAUCUGCAAAGCGGUGGAAUGGGUGCGGACUGAAGUGGGCGAAAAAGGGCUCUUUGGGCUGGUGAACAAUGCAGGCGUGGCCAACCCCAUUGGCCCCACAGAAUGGAUGCACAUAGAGGAUUACCGCCAGGUCAUGGCUGUCAACACCUUUGGGGUAAUUGAGGUAUCGUUGGCCUUUCUACCACUCCUCAAGCAGGCACGUGGCCGCGUGGUCAACAUUUCCAGCGUUUUGGGUCGUCUCUCAGCAAAUGGCGGUGGCUAUUGUAUUUCCAAAUACACGAUCGAGGCCUUCUCUGACAGUCUCAGGAGGGACGUGCAUCAUUUCGGGGUAAAAGUUUCCAUCGUGGAGCCCGGCUUCUUCAAAACUGCCGUGACUAAUCUCGAAUCUCUCGAGGCCUCUUUACGGCAACUCUGGGACCGCCUGAGCCCCGAGACGCGACAGAGCUAUGGAGAAGACUUCUUUCGAAACUAUGUGAAAGUCCAGAACUUCAUCAUGAACCUCGUAUGUGACCCAGACCUCAGCAAAGUGACCAACUGCAUGGAGCACGCUCUGCAGGCCAAGCACCCGCGGACUCGUUACAGCGCUGGCUGGGAUGCCAAGUUGCUGUGGCUUCCAGCCUCGUACUUGCCCGCUUUCAUCGUGGACGUUGUGCUGGCUGCCAUUCUACCAAAGCCAGCCCAUUGCGUCCGCUAGGUCCCAAAGCCUCUUUCCCCAACCCCAGCUCUCAAGUGUAAAAGAAAGACUGAACAAUGCAAAAAGAGGCCUGUCUUCAAUUAAAGCGACUGUCCUGCCCCCUAAUUUUCCACACUACUUAAGAGGGUAAGACUCCCGGUAAAAGAGGCUGCUGCUGCAGGUUAAGUAAACGAGUUUGGCAGCAGAGUUCCUGGUCCAAUGGGAGAAGGCAAAAGGGUGAUUUGAGUGAGAGUGACAGCUGGAAAAAAAUCACCUAUGCCUAUUCCUUAUACACACCCGCAGAAUCACCUGUAUUGUGGCUUGCCAUUCCAACAGACACCGGCCUAGGGUGGCGGCUGUCCAGCAGGGAAUACUUUGCGUAUCAAUUCCUCUAUCAUAAUUUUUUUGUGCAUCACAGAGGACUUGUAGGGCAUGCUGUGAGGCACACACUCACUUCACUCAGCAGGUCUGUUCGGUUUUUCCAUUGUCCCAAACAAGGCCUGCCACACACAAUACUUUCCUUAUCUGCCUAUUACUGGGAGUAACAGCAGUGUUAGGCAAACCAAAUCGAGGGGAACUUCCCCCGCUGUUACUGACCUAAGGAAUUUCUAGCAAGCAUCAUGAAAUCCCAGAGCUCCCUGGAGCAUAGCUAAAAAAAAAUAAUUGACAAAGGGAAACGCUUUGCUAGAGCAGAUAUAAUGUAAACGGUAAGCACGUGAAUUCAGUUGGCUGAGACACACUUGGAUAUGGGCAAGUGGAGAAAAUUGUUCUAUGUCUGUACACCGUGCGUUUCUCUCAUCCCAGAGCGGGCAGCGGGAAGGGGGAGGAGAACACGGCUUUCACUCGGGGUCAAGCUCGGCAUCCUCACUUUAGAAAUGCGGAAGUGCAGCUACACUGCAGGAAGUGUGACGAUCAUCCAAACCACGGGACUCGGAGGGAGAUGAAGGAUCGUUUCUCAGGCAUAAAAGGAGGGGGGGGGUGCAACACAGUACAUGCACAACUUGCCUUUCUUUGCACUUGGCUUAAGCAGAACUAAAACGUGUCUGCCUAAAACCUUAGCCAUUUCAUUGACCGACAGACAGUGAUCCAAGUGGGAUAGCACUGGGGGAUAAAAUCCAUCCAUGUACGGUAUUGAGCAAAGUCACUAAGGAGAAA